AUGGAGUCCCAACAGAAUGCCCGUCUCAGUGGCAAGGUGGCUAUUGUAACCGGGGGCUCUCGCGGCAUCGGGGCCGGUUUGGUCCUGGAGCUCGCUCGGCAUGGCGCAAAGGUCGCAAUCACCUACACUUCCUCUAGCAGUGAACCGGGUUUGAAGGAGUUGAUAGACCGUAUCGGGGCGCUUGGGAAUGAUUCAGCUGCGAUCGCCAUCAAGGCCGACCUCCGAGACCCUGCUUCGCCCGGUUACAUUGUGGCUGAAACUAUCUGCAACUUUGGUGACAAAAUUGACAUCCUGGUGAACAAUGCCGGCAAGGAGCUUGUCAAGCGCAUCGAGGAAGUCACGGUGGCUGAUUUCAGUUCCAUUUACGACCUCAACGUCCGCGCCCCCAUGCUCACGCUCCAGGCCGUCCUUCCCCAUCUGCGUGCUCCGGGACGGAUCAUCAACAUUGGCUCCGUUGGAGCACGGCACGGCUUCAAAGAGCUUUCAAUAUAUUGCUCAUCGAAAGCUGCUUUGGAAGGCCUGACUCGAUGCUGGGCUGCUGAGUUGGGCAGCUCUGGGCAUACUGUGAACACGGUGAAUCCUGGCCCUGUCCGGACGGAGCUUUUCGAUAAUAUUCCAAAGGAGAUUGUCGAGAAACAAAUGGCUGAUACUCCGAUCGAGAACCGAGUUGCGACCGUGGAGGAUAUCGCCUUGGUGGUGUUGUGGCUUGCAAGUGAAGAGAGCCGGUGGAUUACCGGGCAGACGAUAUCUGCAAGUGGUGGAUGGGCCAUGUAUUAG